CACACGGAAAUCUAAGUAUCGCGAGACUCAGAGGAUAGUGGAUGGAGAAAAGACCGUUUGGAGUAGCAGAAGCGGAUCAAGUAGCGGAUUUCUGACCGAACCGAACAGAACCGAACCAUGUCCGGCUCUCGGCUCCUCUGCCUCGGUGUGCUCUGCUUCCUCGGCUCCGCGUGGGCCGGACAGCAGACGCUUUCUCCAGAAAACCUACUGGUCAUCACCGCGGCAACCGAAGAGACGGAUGGAUUCAACCGCUUCAUGAGGACGUCCAGGGAGUUCAAUUACACUGUGAAGGUACUUGGUCUGGGUGAGGAGUGGAAGGGCGGUGAUGUUGCUCGGACAGUGGGUGGAGGUCAGAAGGUACGAUGGUUGAAGAAGGAACUGCUGAAACACUCGGAGAAGAAGGAGCUGGUCAUCAUGUUUGUGGACAGCUAUGAUGUGAUCUUUGCCUCUGGUCCAGAAGAGCUUCUCACCAAGUUCAACCGUCUGGGUCACAGAGUUGUUUUCUCAGCUGAGGGCUUCUGCUGGCCCGACCAGCGCCUGGCCUCCAAGUACCCUGAGGUGCAUUCUGGGAAGCGCUACCUGAACUCAGGAGGUUUCAUCGGCUUUGCUCCUGACCUCAGCGCCAUGGUCCAGCAGUGGAAGUACAAAGACAAUGACGACGACCAGCUGUUCUACACCAGGAUCUACCUGGACAAGGCCCAGAGGACCAAGUUCAACAUGACUCUGGACCACCGCUCCCGGAUCUUCCAGAACCUGAACGGAGCCAUCGAUGAAGUCGUCCUUAAGUUUGAGAGGGCAAAGGUCAGAGUAAGGAACGUCGCCUACGACACACUUCCUGUUGUCAUCCAUGGCAACGGACCCACUAAGCUGCAGCUGAACUACCUGGGAAACUACGUGCCUUCAGCGUGGACCUACGAGACCGGUUGUGGAAUCUGUGAUGAUGACCUGCUUUACUUCAACAAUGUACCUGAUGAGGAGAUGCCGCUGGUUUUUGUUGCUGUUUUCAUUGAACACCCGACUCCGUUCAUGGAAGAGUUCCUGGAGAGACUGACCACGUUGGACUACCCCAAAAGCAGGCUCCGCCUUUUCAUCCACAAUAAUGUGGUCUACCAUGAGCAUCACAUCCAGCGGUUCUGGGAGCGCCACAGGUCUCUGUUCCCCGAGGCUGUCCUGGUUGGACCUGAGGAGAACCUGCAGGAGGACGAGGCUAGAACAAUGGCCAUUGAGGCGUGUAAGAAGGACCCAGGCUGUGAUUAUUACUUCAGCAUGGACUCAGACGUUGCUCUGACGAACCCUGACACCCUGAGGAUCCUGAUUGAGGAGAACAGGUCCGUCAUCGCCCCCAUGCUGUCCAGACACGGCAAACUGUGGAGCAACUUCUGGGGCGCUCUGAGUCCUGAAGGUUACUACUAUAGAUCAGAGGACUACAUCGAGAUCCUGCAGGGGAAGAGAGUCGGUCUGUGGAACGUUCCGUACAUCACUCAGGUGUAUCUGAUCAAAGGCAAUGUCCUGCGGUCCAAACUGGCUCAGGUGAACCUGUUCAUGGACGACGGGAUGGACCCGGACAUGGUGUUUUGCAGGAGCUUCAGGGACCAGGUGAGACGCAGUUCUGGUUCCGUAUUUCCAGACCUGUCUUUAAGUUACGACGGUGUGAUUGAUGUGUCUCCACAGGGUGUCUUCAUGUUUGUGUCCAACCGGGACGACUUUGGCCGCCUGGUGGCUUCGUCCAACUUCAACACGUCUCGGCUCUACCCAGACCUGUGGCAGAUCUUUGACAACCCUGUGGACUGGAGGGAGAAGUAUGUCCACGAGAACUACUCCAAGAUCUUUGAAGAUGAGACUGGUGUGGUGGAGCAGCCCUGUCCAGAUGUCUACUGGUUUCCUGCCUUCUCUGAUAAGAUGUGUGAUCAGCUGGUGGAGACAAUGGAGGCUCAUGGGGAGUGGUCUGGAGGAUCCCAUAAGGACGAACGUCUCGCAGGCGGGUAUGAAAAUGUCCCCACGGUGGACAUCCACAUGAACCAGAUUGGCUUUGAGAAGGAGUGGCUCAAGUUCCUGAAGGAGUACAUUGUCCCUGUCACCGAGAAACUCUACCCCGGGUACUACCCUAAGGCUCAUGCCAUCAUGAACUUUGUGGUCCGCUAUCGUCCUGACGAGCAGCCGUCUCUGAGACCACAUCACGACUCGUCCACCUUCACCAUCAACAUCGCCCUGAAUAGGAAGGGCAUCGACUAUGAGGGAGGAGGCUGCAGGUUCCUUCGAUACAAUUGCAAAGUGGAGUCUCCCAGGAAGGGCUGGUCCUUCAUGCACCCAGGUCGCCUGACACACUACCAUGAGGGUUUACCCACCACCAGAGGGACCAGAUACAUCAUGGUGUCCUUCGUGGACCCCUGAGCACCUAUAGUGUGUGUGAGAGAGAGAGAACACCAUGAAUCAGGUUUUUAGUAAUUUCAGUGUCAGAGGGGACCAUUUGGCUUUUCAAAAUAAGAGUCACUUUACUAGUCUUUCAUUCAGAACUUCAGACAAAUGAGCUUCAAAAAACAUGUCAGUUUGUCCUGAAGGCAUCACUGUUGGGUAUUUCAGAAUGAGUCUCAUUUGAAUGUUGAACACACCAAGCUGCCUUCUUACUGGGUCUAUGCAAGAACACACACUGUGUGUGUGUGUGUGUGUGUGUGUGCGUGCGUGCGUGCGUGCGUGUGUGUGUGUGUGUGCACACACCGACUCAAGAGAAGUAUGAACUAGUCUUUCCACCCCAACUGUUCAGGUGACGUCUGUGUACCCAGUUGUGGUGGAUUUGUGCCUCCUCCACCCCCUCCAGCAGGGGGCACUCUGGUCAUCAGUGAUGUCAUGAUGGAGCACUUCCUCCUACAUGAUGUCAUGACUAUGCUGGUUUUUGACCAAUCAGAGGGCUUGGAUGUGACCCUAUAGAACAUCUGGGGUGUUUUCUUCUUCAUGUUUAGUUAUUGGUGGUUUUCUUGUUUCCUCAUCGUGGUUCUGCUGCUGCCUGCAGCUCUUUUGUACAAACUGCUUUAAAUUAUUUGUUCCACACAGAAUAAAGUUUAAAUAAGGACCUG